GGGCUGCUUUCUGCUCACUUUACAACAUCGAGGGUGAGCAAGGGCUGACGUUCAGGCGGUGUUCAUGGGAUGCACUAUCUACGCAGCCAGCCCAGAGGCCCUGCCUGCUGACGAGGCCCCAGGCCGGGAUAGAUACUACCAGCUCCCCUACCAUCACCACCCCCAUGGUAACUGUAGCCAGAGGAUAGCCGCCAGCAGAGCCAGGACCAUGACAGAGCAGCAGGACCAGAGCGAAGAGACAGGCCUGCUCUCAGCCCAGGACCUGGACCACUCCAAGGACGACGACCCACAAGGGGAGAACCAUUUUUUUUCUUUGAAGUUGAUUGAGGACCUCUCCUAUGAAGAUAUGAAAAAAUGCUACCGGGGUUCGACUGUCAGCAAGUACAACUCCCAGUACCACAAACUCUUCCAGUGUGUGCCCAAGGAUGAGAUCCUCAUGAAAGUGUACUCCUGCGCUCUUCUCAGAGACAUACUUCUGCAAGGCAGGCUCUACAUCUCCAGAAACUGGUUGUGUUUCUACGCCAACCUCUUUGGCAAAGACAUCAAGGUAGCCAUCCCUGUGGUCUCUGUGAGGCUGGUGAAGAAACACAAAACAGCAGGCCUGGUGCCCAAUGGCUUGGCCAUUACCACAGACACCAGUCAAAAGUAUGUGUUUGUAUCUCUUCUAUCAAGAGACAGCGUGUAUGACGUACUCCGCAGGAUCUGUACACACCUGCAGGUCAAUGGGAAGAGUCUGAGCCUGAAGCAAUACAUGGAGGAGCCCAUUUUAUCCCUGGAUGAGUUCCCGGCGCAGGAUGAGUUCCCAGUGGUGGCCGAGUACCCACCUGUGUUGAAGUGGAGGAGGAAACCAUCCGUGGUGUCUGUGUCAUCCUCCCUUCCAGACCUCCUGGGGAACUCCACCGGCAGUCUGAGCACCAGCGACCCACCCUUCCAGCCGGAGCAACCCCUGCAAGAGCGGGCACUGCAGACAGAGCGGGGCCUUUUAUCUAAACAAGUAGCGGAGUUGGGCCAGAUGGAGUACCAGCUGCUCAAGUUCUUCACCCUGCUUAUAAUUCUCCUCAUCCUGUCCUCGUGUUAUCUGGCCUUCCGAGUGUGUAGUCUGGAGCAGCAGUUGUCCUUCCUCGGUAACCCGACGCCGCCUCUUCGAGAGAGGUGA